AUGAACGCCAUCGAACGCAAUACAAAUUUUGCACGCUUCACCGCCGGCCCAGUUAGGUAUUUAAAAUUUUUUGGCAUUCUCUUGCAGCAACCGGAAAUACCGUGUUCCAAAUACCAGCGCAUACUGAUUGUGGUCACCAUUGCGCUAAUGUUUCUGCAUCAGAUCGGCUAUAUACUGGAGCCAGGACGCACUUUUGCCGAGCAAUCCGCCGCCGCGGGGCUGCUCAACUACACCACCGUUAGCGGCGGUAAGAUACUCUUUCUCGUCUACAAUCGUCGCCUGCUGCUGAGGAGUCACUGUCAACUGGCAGCGCUAUACCCGAGUGCUGCGGUGGAGCGCCACUACAAAUUGGAGCAUUAUCUGCGCAUUUAUGCUCACGUACAAACGUUGCUCUAUAAUUUCUUCAAAUACAUUUUGAUCGUGUACUUAACUUAUCCUAUAAUGCAAUCAUUCUACGACCUAUGGUCCAGCGGCGUCUACUCAUAUAUCAUGCCUACACUUUUCUGGUAUCCCGUGCCAUUGGAGCAAUCACUCUUUUGUGCGGCCUUUAUUAUAUUAAGCGCCGAUUUGUGUCUCUUCAGUUCGGUGUCGCAGCUGAUGUUGCACUUGGAUUUGUUGGCGCAGCGCAUUAAAGAGCUACAACCGGCCGAGGAAGGUAGUUUAAAUGCGCUGAAAUCGAUUAUUGAGUAUCAUCAGCAGAUUUUGACAAUCGCGAAGGAUGUGAAUAGCAUCUUUGCGCCGUCGAUACUUUUCAGUUUGGCCUCUUCAUCAUUUAUACUUUGCUUUAGCGCCUAUCAGCUACUCGAUGAUGUCUCCUUCGUUUUCGCUUUGAAAGUGUUUCUUCUACUCGGCUACGAAAUGAAGCAAGUUGUCAUCACGUGCUACUAUGGUGACAAACUGAUGGAUAGCAGUGCGAAUCUCUUUACCGCUGUUUACGCACACAAUUGGACUGAUGGCUCACCGGUUUAUAAGCGUCUCGUUUUAUUUAUGAUGGUACGCACUUAUCGGCCCAUCGCUUUAAACGUAGCUGGCAUAUCAGACGUUUCACUAAUCACACUCAAACAGGUUCUAAGCACCGCUUAUCAAAUUUUCACAGUUUUGAAGACAACAUAAGUGAAAAGCAUAGUUUGUUGUUGUAAUGAAA